AAAGAGAAUACAAAGGAAUUUACAGGGACUGUUGAUAAAUCAUGGCGGUUCGCGCUCGCUUUGAGAAUUCCAAUGAGGUUGGUGUGUUCGCGACAUUGACGAAUUCCUACGCAUUGGUGGCCAUUGGCUCGUCGGAGAACUUCUAUAGCAUUUUCGAAGCAGAGUUGCAAGAUGUCAUCCCGAUAUGUCAUGCUACCAUCGCCGGUACGAGGAUUGUGGGACGAUUAACAGCCGGAAACCGCAAAGGCCUUCUUGUUCCCACGUCAACCACAGAUCAAGAACUCCAGCACCUGCGCAACUCGCUCCCAGACGCCGUCAAGAUCCAGCGGAUAGAAGAGCGAUUAACCGCGCUUGGAAAUGUUAUAUGUUGCAAUGACCAUGCAGCUCUCGUCCAUCCAGAUCUAGAACGGGAAACGGAAGAAAUAAUCGCCGACGUCCUCGGCGUCGAAGUCUUCCGCCAAACCAUCGCCGACAACGUCCUCACAGGUUCCUACAUGUCCCUCUCCAACCAAGGGGGCCUCGUCCACCCCAAAACCUCCAUCCAAGAUCAAGACGAGCUCUCCUCACUGCUCCAAGUGCCGCUCGUCGCCGGCAGCGUGAACCGCGGCUCCGCCGUCGUCGGCGCCGGCAUGGUCGUCAAUGACUGGCUGGCCGUCACGGGCCUGGAUACGACGGCGACGGAACUGAGUGUUGUGGAGAGCGUGUUUAAGUUGGGCGAGGGUGCUGCCCCGGCCGCGGCUCCGGAUGAUCCCGAUCCCGUUAUCGGCGGAGAUUGGUAG